AUGCCACUGCCUCCAAUUUACUACCACUGCUUCAAGACACCGCUCUCCUACGCCAAAGCGCUCGCUCUCCAAGAGCGCAUACACGCUCAGCAGCUGGUCCUCCGCAAAGAGAAGCUCUCCCGAGACUUCCUCUUCCUCCUCGAGCACCGCCCAGUCUACACCUACGGGCGACGACAGACAGAAGAGACCCAAGGCGACCCGCUUGUGCGACCUGACCAGCACGAAGCUCAGACGGAACGGCUCACUGACCUCGGCGCGGACGUGGUCCGCACGAAGCGCGGCGGAGAAACAACAUACCAUGGCCCCGGUCAGCUCGUGGGCUAUCCCCUUCUCGAUCUCGGCCGCUACGGCCCUCCGAUGCCCAUCCGCGAGUACAUCUGCAGGUUGGACAAGACACUGAAGGCUCAUAUCCGCGAGGAGCACGGCGUCGAAGCCAUCCCCAGUGAGCACACGGGCGUGUUCCUCGACCAUCACACGAAAGUAGCCAGCAUCGGCGUACAGGUCCGGCACCGGCUGACGACCCACGGCUUCGCGUUUAACGUGACAAAGGAACCCCUCGCAUGGUUCGAUCAUAUCGUAGCAUGCGGACUCACGGACGUCAAAGCGGGGCAUUGUCUCGCGCUUUGGACGGGUCUUUGGAGGGACAUGGUGCAAUUGGACAUGGAUCAAGAAGGCUCGGAGGAAGAACUCAUUCGAGAUGCGGAGAAGGACGCCAUUACCAUGAUCGUUCUCAGGGGACCUGACGCGUGA